UACUUUAUUACCUUUUUGAAAUAUAAAAGUUUAUAUAGUAUCUUCAGCUGAAGUCAAUACUUCUCAGGCGGCUGCCACUAAUUCCCCUCGCUCCCUCUCUUUCUCCGGCCAACUCCGGUUAGGUUUGGGUAAAUUGGAGAUGGACGUUAUAAUUAAAAAGUAUCAGCAGAAAUUCAGGAAAGUGAAGGAAGAGAUGGAGAAGUGGAAUGAGCUACAAUCUCGAUUAUUAUCUCAAUUCAACAAUGCUUCUUCCAUCAUUCAGAGGUUACAGAUUCUUCAGGAUUCUAAGAACUAUGGUGCUUUGACAUGUGUUAAAGGCAUUCAGGAAGCUGUCUUGCUGAAACAGAUGAAUUCUCUACAAACUAUCUUGCUUACAAUGAAUGAAACUAUGGAAAAGUUUCAUGCGGUUGUGUUGUCGCUUGAUAAGAUGGUUCGUGAUGGUAGACAGCUCAUAAAAGGGGGAUCCGUUCAGAAGAAUGUGAAACAGCUACAGCAACACGUCGGGAUGAAGCCUAGCAUUGCUGAUUGCUUGGACGGGCUACAACUUCUUUAUGAGAUGCACCAAUCAGAGUACCGUCUGAAAUUGUCGGUCAUAUCAGCAAUUUCAGCAUUUGCUUUACAGCCUAGUGCAACUGAUGAUUUAGCUGCACUUCAGCAACUGUUGGAUGAUCAGCCUAACAUCCCCAAAGAGGAAGUUCAAGUCAUUUUUGAAAUCAUAUUUGCUGAAGAGAUAGCUUGAUGUCUACUAAGCAUGGAUCCUUGGACUGAUGAAGUGCUUUUGGAACUUGCAAUGUGUUUUAAGUUAAGGAAGACUUCAGUUCUGGCUAAAGAGCAGGAAAUAUCUUGCACUUGGGUGCUACAUUGCUCGAACUCUUCAAGUGUAUGUGUCGGAUUUUCCAAAAACUAGUGUAUUUUUAGAGGAUCCGCCAUGGGUGUGACGACAUUUUUGGAGAAUCCGAGCAACAUCGCUUUGGUGAAGCAGAGAAUUAUCUUGAUUGAUCACUGUAGAUGGAAGGUUUUGGACCUUGGAAAUGGAAGAGAUGACUUUAAGUGUUGUGUAUACUCAGUUUCAUGUAUUUACAUGUCUGCAACUUUGUAUAAACAACCUUUUGUUUUAUUUUUCCUUAGUCAGUAGCAUGGUUUUGAUUAAACAGCUAAAUCCAAUAAUACAAUUUAACACAAAUUCUUCCUAAUGUCUAAUUGAUAUUUCCGUAAA